AUGCAUAAGAGGGUCAUUAGUUUCUGUGUGAUUCAAAAUCACCAAGGGCCUACUAUAGGAAAGCUUAUAGAGGAAGAAUAUGAUGAUGAUGAUAGCAGCUUUGCAGCUUACUUUAAAGAACCAGAGGAAGAAUAUGAUGAUGAUGGGAAUGUAGUACCAAGCAGGAAUAAGAGGAAUAGAGUUGGACCACCAGAAGAUGAAGAUUGGGAUAAGGCAGAAGUGUUUGUGGAUUUCUUGAGGGUGUUCUAUGAUGUCACAUUGAGGGUUAGUGCUUCAUUGCACCCUACUGUGCACACAACUUUCCAUGAUGUGAUUACCAUGGAAAAAAAUAUAGAAAGCAUGUUUGUUCUACCUGGGUUUGCAACUGGAACAGAAACUAAGCAAGUGUUGAUGGACAUGGCAGGAAAUAUGAGAUCUAGAUGGUUAAAGUAUUAUGGAUCAUUUCAUGAAAUUAACCACAUGGUGAUCAUUGGCCUAGUAUUGGAUGCAAGGUUCAAGUUGAAGAAUGUGACUCACAUCUUCACUUCUGAGGGUUUAGGUGAUGAUGAGGUGCAAAGAAGAACAUUGGAGAUUAGAAACCUUCUUAUGGCUCUCUAUGAUCAGUAUGUAAUUCAUGUAGAUGGAGGCAGACACAUGGUGAGGCAAGGCUCUCCAAGCUCUUCAUGUAGUACUCUUACAAGCAGAAGCAACAAUAGUAGAGGAGGUGUUAGGGGUCAGCUCCUUAAUGAUUGGAGGAAGGUUGUACAAUCAAGUGCAGAGGCUGUGGUGGCUCAUGAAGUAGAUCAAUACUUGAAUGGUCCAUUGGAAUUCACUGAUGAUGAAGACUGCUUUGACAUCUUGUGUUGGUGGAAGGUCAAUGGCCCAAAGUUUCCUGUGUUAGCAGCAAUAGCAAGGGAUGUUCUUGCCAUUCAAACCUCAACAGUGGCAUCAGAGUCAUGUUUUUCAACAGGAGGCAGGGUUAUUGACACAUUUAGGAGCUCAUUAACUCCAAAAACUGUGGAGGGACUCAUUUGCAUGCAAAGUUGGAUGUUAGGUGAUGAAAUCGCAGAGAUCCAAGAUGAUUGCACCAUUGAAAACAUAGAGUUUUAUGAAGCUGUUGAGCAUGAGCAUGAAAGCACUGCAUCUAGCAAAAAUGUGUGUCCUGCUCCAGUUCCAAGAGCUAAAGGGAAGGGAAAGUCUGUUGCAGCUGGUAAUGUAAUUGUUAUCUAAACUGUUUCAGUUUAGUUGUCUUCAAUUUUUAAUGUUGUCCCAACUUUAUGAGUUUAUGUAUUGAUUCUAUUGAAUAAUGAACUAUAAUGGAUGAAGUGUGAACAUUGUAGCA